CCUAAACCCUAUUUUGUCUCAAUAUUUCUGACCCUUCUCCUCCCACAGAUAGGACCCUUCACCACCACCGCCAUCCGCGCCGCUGCACAGAAAUUUCCGCUGAGGAGGUCGUAUCUUUCAAACUCCAUUACCCGUCGGUUUCGUUCUUAGUUCAUAAGAAAACAGUCAAUGGCGGGAACUUCAAUUUCAUCCCAGCUACAGGCAAUCAAAACCAUCCUAAACGCCUCUAGUGACCCUGAACCUGGUAGGAGGAGGCCGUUAACUCGUCCUUCGGUUCUAUUCGAUGCCAAAGCAGCUGCAGAUAUUGACCUCGAUACCAUCCACGGGAUUGCCCUCUCUGGUUUGGAGGGGCUGAUAAAUUCGGAGGUGCGCUUUAGCAAUUACAAGAAUGAUCUGUUCAGCCACCAGAGUAAGGAGCUGGAUAGAGAGUUGGUUGGUCAAGAUGAAAACAAACGAAUUGAUGUCUCCAUUAGCUCUUAUUUACGGUUAUUAUCGGGAUAUCUUGAGUUCUCUUCUGCUUUGAAGACAUUGGAGUAUUUGAUUCGCAGAUACAAGGUCCAUGUGUACAAUGCAGAGGACCUGAUUUUGUGUUCAUUGCCAUACCAUGACACUCAUGUAUUUGUGAAAAUAGUGCAGUUAAUCGAUACUGGAAACAGUAGAUGGAAGUUCCUUGAUGGAGUUAGGACAUCAGGAGCACGGUUGCCCAGGGAGGUCAUUGUGCAACAGUGUAUUCGAGACAUGGGUGUUUUGGAGGCUAUUUGUGAUUAUGCUACACCUGCGAAAAAGAAUCAACCCUCGACACAAGUGACUGCAUUUUGCACAGCUGUCAUUUUUGAGGUGUUAGGGCUUGUCACUGUUGAUAGCAAGAUCGUGAAGAGGAUAUUUCCGUAUGUGAGUUCUGGUUUACAAGUUGGUGCCAGAGGGAAGGACCAGAAGGCUGGGGCUCUAAUGAUUGCGAGUUUACUAUCCCAAAAGGCAACCUUGGCUUCUAGUGUUGUCAAAAGCUUGUUGCACUUGGUGGCUGACAUAGCUAGGGCAGAGGCAAAAGACAGAAGUGAUUUGCUAUUGUUGCGCAUGUCAUUUAUGACUGUAAUCAACAUUGUUCAGGCUAGCUACUCUAGUAUACUUUCGCAGCAUGAUUGGCUCUGGUCUAGUCUUCAAUCUGUGGAACUGAUCCCUAAGAAGACAGUAGAUGCUAUAAGUGAUAUCAGGGAUGUCUCGGAGAUUCUUUCAGAAUUAACCAAGGAUUUCAACAUCGAUAAGUUCGUAAAUGUGUUUCUGGACUCAUUACUCGAGUAUAGUGCUACUGAUGAUUCGUCCCAUCACACUUUAUUGUCAGUAAUUAGAACUGUUCCUAUUAAAGACCAUGUUAAUCACAUUGUCAAUAGACUUCUUUCUAAGCAAAUAGAGGUAUCCAAGGGCAACAUUAAUUUGGAAUCACCCAAAUCAGGUAGCCAAGGCAAACAGAUUUUGGUGUCAAUAUGUGAGACGUAUCCUGAUGAAUCCAGACAAGCUAUCUUUAGUCUCUUAAAGGACACUAAUAUGCCUUCCACAAAAGUCAAUACAACCUAUGAUUUUCUCUGCAAGAUACUAGAUGAACAUUUGGACUCAUCGCAAGAAAUACCUGAUCCAAAAGUGUUUUUGGGUCUGGAGCAUUCGGAGGCAGAAAUUCGAAGGUCGGCAGUUUUGGGUUUGGAUGUAGCCAACAUUCUGAGGGAGAAAACUACAAGUUCAAAGAAGUUUGAUGCUAUUCAAGACACACUUAUUCGCCGCCUUUAUGAUGACGACCUAAACGUCGUACUGGCAGUUCUGGAGUUGAAGAACUUACCUGAAAUAUUGAGUUCACCACUUUUAGUUGAAGCACUUCAACAUGUGCUUCAAAGGUGCAUCGAAAUUUUGCUGUCAAGUUCGUUAACAAAUACGUCUCUCCCCAGUAAUAUUGCUUUAUUGUGCCUGCAACAAGUUAUGACAACUUUCAAGGAUAAGGAACAAUAUGCCAAAACAUUAGCAACAGCAAUCUUCCCCCUUCUUCUUAUUAGACCUAAGACACAGAAAGUGAACUUGAAGGCCUUGGAAUUUGCUAAAGAUAUAGGGUGGCCUUUCUAUGAGAAUGUUGUAAUUUUCCAAGGGCCUGAUAAGAAAUUGGAUCUUUUACACGUAUCUUCUAUUAAUUUGGAGAAUAUCACUAAGUUAGCAGAGGCAUUUUCAUUAAACCCUGAAGAUUACAUGCCUUGGCUUGUACAGUGCUGCAACUCCCACGAAUUUUCAAGGACAUUAUUCUUCUUGGUUGUGUUGCUGUCACUGAAGAUGUUGAAAAUGGUCUAUACCCUUGCUAUUGGUAUUGACUGCUGUUGCCUCCUGAUUGAGGGUUGGGCACCUUUUCCUUUUGAGCUAGCUUUUGGAGAUGAGUUCUACCCAUGCCCACUUAUCAUGGUAUUAGAGCACCCAGGUUUUGCUUGUUUGGAUGCGAUGUUGGUUUUGGCACCCUGCGGUGAUGUUUCUAAUAAGACAGCUAUGGUGGUACUUGUUAAUUUGUCUGUUCUCUUUGAUAUGUCAGAUGUUGGCCGACUUUCUGUAACUUUUGAUCAUUGUCUUUCAACUCUUCAAAAUGAGUGGAACAUGCUAGAGUCUCUAGGGAUAUCCACAGAGCAGUUCAAUAAAAGAAUACUGGAUGUUGAUUGUAAAGGAAUCCUAGAAGAUCUUCUCAACACUGACGUCAAAGACCUUAAUGCUGAGAUUCUUGGUUGUCUGUUUAUGAGGUUUUCAGAAGCUUUGAUUGUAACAGCACCCGAGGAUGUGACGUUGGAUAUGGAGGGGAAGUGGGCAGCCAUGCUUCAGGAUAUAUUUAUGUUCUUUGCUUGUCAUUCUAAGCAUACAUUCAAGAAACAAUUGGAGUACCUAUUUACCAUGUCCAAGACCCCUCUAAUGCAAAUAAUGUUGAAACUAUUCAGAGAAGAAGGUGUGCCGUAUGCUGCUCAAAUUGAGAGCCUUCACUCUUUCUCAAAUAUUUGUCCUCAGUUAGAUGAGGGGUUGGCCCUACAGCUCCUUGCAGAUUUUCCUUCUGUUCUUGUUCCCCUAUCAAGCGAUAGCCAGAACGUACGUGUGGCUGCCAUGAGCUGCAUUGAAGAGCUAUUUGCAUUAUGGUCCCGUAUUAGUUCAAAAGGCAACAAGGAAUCCUGGUCGCAGUUUUUGGGGGAGCUAUUGAGCUUAAUUAUUCAGCAAAAGAAGAUGAUAUUGUCAGAUAGAAAUGUUCUUGCUUCUUUCUUCACUUCAUUGCUCAGUUCGCCUUCUGAAGGCCUUUUGGUCCAACAGGCUGUCGGGAAGAGAUUUGACGGGUCCACCAAAAAUGAAAUCCUAAAUUUCAUGGUCAGCCGCGCUCUUGGGCUGCCUGCCCAUGCGAAGCUGAAAAUUCUGUCUCUGAUCAAAGGCGUGGAAGGUAAACUCAUGUCUAUUUCUGGGAGCUGUACUAGGCCAACUUCAUCUCAUGAAGCUAAUGAUUCUGGGGACUUCAUAUUGAAAGCUUUACAGGUCAAUGGUUCUGAAGAAUAUGCAGUUCAGGAGCCAUGUUUGACAAUUCUGAGAACUCUUAGCAGUUCCUUUUAUGGAGAUUUGAAGACUGAAAUUCAGGAAGCUAUCUUCCGAAAUCUUUUGGUUCUUUUCAGAAGUGCCAACAUUAGUUUACAGAAUGCCAGUAGAGAUGCAUUGUUGCGAGUUAACGUGGAUUGCUCAAUUUUUGGACGCGUUCUUGAUUCCAUUUUGAAUCAGAGAACUUGGUUAGUAGGUCUGGUGCAUGGGAAGAAACAAAGAAGAUCAGCCAAACACCAGGAUCCUUGUCCAUAUAGCAAUGCAACUCAGGGCAGAGAAAGCACACUAUCUCUGUUGAGCGCUUUUCUUGAGGUGUUGCUAAUGAAGAAAGACAUAGAUAACAGAACUUCACUUGUUGGUCCCUUAUUUAAGCUGCUGAACUUGUUAUUUAUGGACGAGGAUUGGAUCCUUAAAGCCGUGGACCAAGAUAAAGCGUCCAAAGCUUCAUUUGGAGCCCCCCAGUCUGUUUCUGAUACUGUAGCUUACAUUCAGCAGACUUUGCUGUUAACUUUGGAGGAUAUAAGCAGUUCCAUUGGAGAUGAUAUGAUGCAGAAGGAUAUCGACUGUAACUUUGACUUGCCAUUGUUAGUCAGUUGUGCCCGUUCUUCAAGUGAUGCCGUUACACGGAAUCAUGUCUUCUCGUUGAUUACUACUCUUGUAAAGAUUACACCUGGCAAAAUUUUGGAACAAAUUCUGGAUAUUCUAGCUGCAAUUGGAGAGUGUACUGUAACCCAGUGGGAUACCUAUUCCCAACGUGUGUUUGAAGGCCUUAUAUCGGCGAUAAUGCCGUACUGGUUAUCUAGGACUGACGAGACAGACCAAUUACUUCAGAUAUUUGUGAACAUAUUGCCCCAAGUUGCAGAACAUAGAAGGCUGUCCAUUAUAGGACACAUACUGAGGACUCUGGGAGAGGCUCAAAGUUUGGGUUCUCUGCUGUUCCUCCUUUUCCACUCGAUGACUUCAAGGAAGAAUGAGCUAUAUCUCCUUGUUAAUGAGCAAUCUUUCGAAGACCUGGCAUUUAUUGUUUGUAAGCAGUGGGAGUAUGAAUUUGCGUUGCUGCUUUGUGAGCAGUAUUCGUGCAAAAUUUGGCUUCCUUCCGUCAUCUUAGCCCUUCAGAAAGUUGAAAGUGAUACUUUGAGCGAAGACACAUUUAUCCAAAUACUGGUAGCAAUGCAGUUAGUUUCAGUGAAGCUGCAGGAUCCAGAUAUUACCUACAAAUUUGACUCCGAAGAAGAUUUAAAUGGCAUUCAGGCUAUGUUAGGUGAACUUAUGGAGCUAGUUGUGCGUCACCUGCAAUUGGUUGACUUUAAAAAGAAACAUAUUGGUGUCCCAGCAUCCAUCAAGAGUGAACUGAAGGACUAUAUUCGAUCUGUUUUAAGAACGAUUGCAAAGGGACUCUUGCCAUCAACAUACUUCAAUAUCAUCACUAAAUUGAUUCUUCAUUCAGAUAGGAAUGUGAGGAAGAAGGCCCUUGGGCUUCUGUGCGAGACCAUGAAGGACCUAGCUGUGAAUGAGAAGGUUGAGAAGAAGGGUUCGAUGUCAAGCUUAAGAAACUUGUGGCUGAACCUGGAUGUGGCUUCUUUGGAAUCAUUUGAGACCUUAUGCUUGGAAAUAUUGAAAUUACUUGAUGAUCAAGAUGAUGUGUUGAGUACCUCUUUGAAGCUGACAGCAGUUUCAUCACUGGAAGUUGUAGCUAACACUUUCCCUUCACAUUAUAGAGUUUUUAGCAUGUGCCUUGGAACUGUCUGCAGAAAAAUCUGCUCUGAUAACUCUGCUCUGUCUAGUCACUGUCUUCGGGCCACUGGUGCUUUAGUUAACGCACUCGGCCCAAAGUCCCUGCCCGAACUCCCCAAUGUCAUGGAAUGUGUUCUGAGGAAGUUUCGUGAUGUUACCAAUGUGGAUGUAGAGAUCAAGAGAACAGUUGAUGGUGUUAAAGUUAAAUCAAACUCUGUGGAUUCUGUCUUUAUGUGUGCUCUUCUAACGUUGGAGGCUGUUGUUGAUAAGCUGGCUGGAUUUUUGAAUCCUUACCUUGGAGACAUCUUAAGACUAGUUUUAUUGCAUCCUUUGUCCUUCAGCAUCUCGAUGCCGAAGUUGAAAUCGAAAGCUGAUGUCGUUCGUCUACUGCUCCCACCGAUGCUGUUAAUGUACUCCGACGCUGUUCAAGCUGGAGAGUCAAGUUUAUCAAUUCUUUUCGAAAUGCUAGGAAACUUGGUGUCUUCAAUGGAUAAAUCAUCAAUUGGUGUUCAUCAUGCAAAAGUUUUUGACUUGUGCCUGCUGGCUCUUGAUCUGCGUAAUCAGUACCCCUCCUCUGUUCAGAAUGUUGAUGUCGUUGAGAAAACUGUCAUCAGUGCUAUCGUCAAACUUACCAUGAAACUCACUGAGACUAUGUUCCGGCCUCUUUUCAUCAAGACUGUCGAGUGGUCAGGUUUGAAUUUAGAAGGUCACGAAAAUGCCCCUGAGAAAGCUGAUAGCAGGACCAUCUCUUUCUACAAUUUGGUCAACAAACUUGCUGAAACGCAUCGAUCUGAGUGUCUUCCACUAGCUUUUCAUAGAGCUGUUAUUACUUUUCAUAUUCAGUGGGAGUUUUAUAUUUCUACAAAACAUAGAUCACUGUUUGUCCCAUACUUUAAAUACUUGCUUGACGGGUGUGUUCGAGGUCUCGUUGACUCUGACAAUGCAAAACCUGAUGCGACUCGGAAGAAGAAGGCCAAGCUUCAAAGUAACAAGAAGGACACAGAUGGUGCACUAUCUAUUCAAGUGUGGCAUAUCCGUUCUCUGAUAUUGUCCUCUCUACAUAAAUGCUUUCUCUAUGAUGCCGGGAGUUCAAGAUUUCUGGAUUCUUCUAAUUUUCAGAUUCUGCUGAAACCCUUGGUGUCACAGCUUGUCGUUGAACCCCCAGUUUCCAUUGAAAAUUAUCCCAAUGUACCAUCUGUACAUGAAGUUGAUGACUUAUUGGUUGCCUGUGUUGGUCAGAUGGCUGUUGUUGCCGGUUCAGACCUUCUCUGGAAGCCAUUGAAUCAUGAGGUUUUGAUGCAAACUCGUAGUGAGAAGAUUCGUGCCCGCAUAUUGGGUCUGAGAAUAGUGAAAUAUCUUGUAGAGAAUCUAAAAGAUGAAUAUUUGGUAUUUUUGGAGGAAACCAUUCCUUUCCUGAGUGAAUUGCUGGAAGACAUUGAAUUACCAGUCAAGACUCUUGCACAAGAGGUUCUCAAGGAAAUGGAAUCUUUGAGUGGUGAAAGCCUAAGAGAGUACCUUUGAUAUGAUGUUAUGCUAAGGGAAUAUUUGUAGGUUUGUGUACAUACAUACAGGUGUCCCAGUUUUGUCAGGUUUUUGAGCAGGUGCUAUAUUGGAAUCAUUUUUGUUUAAAAUUUAGAGUGAAAUUUACAAUUACUAACUGCAUGAUUGUUGUAAUCAGAACAUAAGGAGAGGAGAAUUUUGUUAGUGUAUUCCUUCAAGAUGCACAAGUUCUUUUGAUACUGCUUUAAACAGUUACUGUAAAUCUCACAUCAGAGCUAUUGCAUUUACAUGGAUGGGCUUUGCAUUUGCUUCAUCAUCA